GUCGGGUCGCAGGAUCGCGCGUCGCGUCCCGUCUGUCCCGUCCGUCCGUCCGUCCCGUCGGUCCCGUCGGCCCCGCGAGCGCCAUGGCCGAGCUGUCCCCGCUGGCCGAGGAGCUGUCGUGCUGCAUCUGCCUGGAGCUGUUCCGGGAGCCGGUCACCACGCCGUGCGGCCACAACUUCUGCGGGUCGUGCCUGCGCGACUCGUGGUCGGGCGCGGGCGCGCCGUUCCGCUGCCCGCAGUGCCGCGCCGUCUACCCGGCGCGCCCGCAGCUGCAGAAGAACACGGUGCUGUGCAACCUGGUGGAGCAGUUCCUGCAGACGGAGCCGGGCCGCGCCCUCGCCACCGCCGCCGCCGCCGACUGGACGCCGCCCGGCCGCGCGGCGCCCGCCAGCCCCGCCGCCCCGGUGGCCUGCGACCACUGCCUGCAGGAGGCGGCCGUGAAGACCUGCCUGGUGUGCAUGGCCUCCUUCUGCCCCGAGCACCUGCGCCCGCACCUCGACAGCCCCGCCUUCCGCGACCACCCCCUGCAGCCGCCCAUCCCCGACCUCCUCCGGCGCAAGUGUCCCCAGCACAACCGCCUGCGGGAGUUCUUUUGCCCCGAGCAUGGCGAGUGCAUCUGUCACAUCUGCCUCGUGGAGCACAAGACCUGCACCCUGGCGCCCCUGAGCCAGGCCAGUGCUGACCUGGAGAACAAACUGAAGCAUAAACUAACCAUCAUGCACAGUCACUUCAACGGGGCAUCGAAAGCGCUGGAGGAUGUGAGAGCCAAGCAGCAGGGUGUGCGGGAUGUUGCAAACAGGAAGGUGGAGCAGGUGAGACAAGAAUACCUGGAAAUAAAGGCGCUUAUUGAUGCCUCCGAGACCAACUCCAUCUGCAAGAUAAAGGAAGAGGAGAUGAGGGUCAGCUCCAAGUACGACAGCAUUUACCAGAUCCUGCUCAAGAAGAGGAGUGAGAUCCAGAGCCUAAAGAGUGAUAUCGAGCAAAGCCUGGCCAAGUGGGAGGAGUAUGAGUUUCUGGAGAAAGCAGCAAAACUGCAAGGAGCCUCAUCGAAGCCAGUCUAUAUCCCCAAAGUGGAGCUGGAUCAUGAGCUCAUGAAGGGGGUCUACCAGAGCACCCUGGAGCUCAAGAACGAGCUGAGGCGGAUCCUCAGGCAGAUCCAUGAGAAGAAGCCCGAGGAGCCAUGCAACUCAGGUGACUCAGGAGACUGUGGCACAGAAUCUUCAAGCAAACCCUCACGCCCCAUGAAGAAGACUCCACAAGAAAAGAAGUCCAAGAAACCGUCCCCUGCCUCGACUGUCAAGUUACCCACCUUUGGAGCUCCUGGACAGUCAGAGGACUUGAAACCAACUGUCUCAGAUGCCAAAGCCAGCUCUAUACAGCCCAGUUCCACAUCUAUCAAGGACAAGUUGCUAGCCACCUUCUUAGCCAUGUCUAGACCUGAGCUGCAGGAGUAUUCUGCUAGAAUUAUCCUGGACUACAACACUGCCCACAACAAGGUGGCACUGACAGAUAGCUUUACCACAGCGUCAGUGGCUGAUGUACCUCAGAACUACCGGUCACAUCCCCAGAGGUUCACCUACUGCUCUCAGGUGCUGAGCCUGCACUGCUACAAGAAAGGGAUUCACUACUGGGAGGUGGAGCUGGGCAGGAACAACUUCUGUGGGGUAGGCGUCUGCUACGGCAGCAUGGAUCGACAGGGCCCUGAAAGCCGGAUUGGCCGCAACAGCAAGUCCUGGUGCGUAGAGUGGUUCAACAACAAGAUCUCAGCCUGGCACAAUAAUGUGGAGAAAACCCUGCCCUCUACCAAGGCCACGCGGGUGGGUGUGCUUCUCAAUUGUGACCACGGCUUUGUCAUUUUCUUCGCUGUUCCUGAGAAGGUCCACCUGUUGUACAAAUUCAAGGUGGACUUCACCGAAGCUCUGUAUCCCGCCUUCUGGGUGUUCUCGGCGGGAACCUCGCUCUCCAUCUGCUCUUCCAAGUAGGCAGCUAUAGACACUCGGGUUCACUGCCUGGGGAGCAUCUAUGAUUAGAAAAGGGGCUGCAAUGAGAUUCUCCUUGGAGAGCUUCCCUGGGUCCCCAGUGUUUGGAAGAAUGGGCGUGGGAGCUGGGGAAAGUGGGGAGCUGGGGUUAGAGGAGGGAUUUCCUGAGUAGGGGGUAGGGUGAUUGUCUGGGGGGGUGAGGAAGCAAGUCUACCUCCUGGUGCCCACUGCAACAGGGUCACCUCUUUCCACUCUUCUGGAAAUUCUCCAGGCAGCUGGGCAUCUGAGCAGAGAGUAAAAUCUUAACCACCCCGUUCCUCUUGUACAAAAUCUAUAGCCACAUUCUUUCUCAGGAUAGCUUUUAGAUCUUGGUGUUUUGAUUACUCUUUAGAUUAAAAAAAAAAAAAAAACUUAACGCCCUUGACUCAUGCCUAUAAUCCUAGUUACUCAGGAGGUUGAGAUCUGA